GAAAGUUCUUGUCAGUGUGAUCAGAGCUGCAGACGUGUCUGUGGAACCGUCCAACAAACCUGAACCCACUUCAUCACAUCAGCUUCAAGUGUCAUCGAAGGUUCUUGGGUGGAAACAGUCCACAGUGGAGCUGAGUGGAAGCAGUGAAGUGACACCUGUGUGCUUCUGAAGCCUGGGUCCCUUCAGUCACAAGGACGUUCAACUACAACUGUGGACUUUGUGCAGGAAGAUGAAAGUGUUGGUGGUGGUUGUGAUCCUCAUCCACGUUUCCCAGCAUGCAAUGGCUGUAGUGGUGCAGGUGUAUGAGGGGAUGGAGUCGGUCCUGCUGCCCUACCAGUAUUCUGGCAUGUUCCCAGAGGUUCCUUCAGUGGUUUGGAGACGCUCUGAUCUGAACCAAACAGUCAUCCACCUGCUUAAAUAUGACACUUACAAACUGGAAGAGGAAUACAGACACAGUGAACGCAUGUCAAUGAAGAAGAACAUUCUGGAAACUGGAGACUUCAGCCUCACUGUGAAGAAACCACAACUGUCUGACAGCAGCAACUACACCUGUAACCUCCAAUGGGAAAGCAGGUGGGAGGGGCCUAAAGAAUGGAGACUGACACAAGUACAGCUGCAGGUCAAAGAUGACGAGGAGGAGGUGGUGGUCCAGCAGGGGGCGGAGUCUAUCCAGCUGCCUUGUAAAGCCUCAGCCGAUCUGCCUGAAGACACCACAGUGGACUGGACUCACUUCGAUCCAGAACUAAUAGUGGUCCACGUGUUCCGGAAUAAAGCUGAUGAUCUUCAAACACAGGACAGGUUUUACCGUUGCCGCACACAGAUGAAUAAAGACAUGAGUCUGACUCUGAAACACCCCACAGACAGAGACGGAGGUGUGUAUAUCUGCACCGUCUACAGGGAAGGAGACGUCCUGAGGUCUAAAGUCCUGCUCCAGGUGGUCCAAGAUCUGCCUCAGCCCAAAAUCUCCCUGUCUGACGGGGUCUUUGGGGUCUACCAGGUGGUGCUGGUCCACUUCAUCCUGAUCACGGGGACCAUUUUCCUCUACUUCUACUGUCGGGUUUACCAAACUCAUGGUGUGGAGAAGACAAUCACAGAAUAA